AUGGGUGCUCCGCGGGCAGUUCAGCACCUUAAAGCAACUUACUCCUUCCUCAAAACCCCCAUCAUCAUCUCUGCGCCCAUGCGCGUGUUCGCUGGUCCGGAUCUCGCAGUUGCAACAUCCCGCGCAGGAGGCCUAGGCUUCAUUGGUCCGGGUCUACGCCCUACAGAUUUGGACUCCAAGCUUGACAAGGCUCGGGGUCUGCUGCACCAGACGUCCAUCACUGCCCACAACUCUACCGCCUCCAAUGCUCCGGAUAUUGACCACCUCCCCAUUGGCGUAGGGUUUCAGCUUUUCGAUGGUGACCUCGAGGUUGCUGCGGCAACUGUACGCAAAUACAAGCCUGUCGCAGCGUGGCUUUUUGUUCCGGCAUCUGGUCAAUGUGAUUUAGAUCAGUGGACACUGAGGAUUCGGAAAGAAUCACCUUCCACGAAGAUAUGGAUCCAGAUUGGCUCUGUCGCUGAGGCUGUUGCGGCGGCGAAAAGUAAACACGCGCCGGAUGUGCUGGUCGUGCAGGGCAUUGAUGCUGGUGGGCACGGUCUCAGGAAAGGCGCAAGUGUGAUAUCACUACUCCCAGAAAUAGCGGACGCUCUACAAAACUUGGGGUCCGAAAUCCCACUCGUCGGCGCUGGUGGAAUCGCGGACGGCCGAGGAGUUGCUGCUGUACUGGCCACGGGCGUCGCAGCAGGUGCGGUGAUGGGCACGCGUUUCCUCGCGAGCAACGAGGCCGAAAUCAAGACAGGAUACCAAGAGGACGUGCUGCGAGUUUCGGACGGCGGCCAAAGCACCAUCCGCACCGAUUUAUUCGAUCGACUCCAGGGGAGGGAUGAUUGGCCGGCACGCUACGACGGACGUGCCGUUAUCAAUGGAAGCGUGAAGGAUGACCUAGCAGGCAUGGAUUUCAAGCAGAACAAGCAGAUAUUCCAAGAACAAAUGAAGAAUGGGUCGAUUGGAUGGGGAGAGGACGGGAGAAUGACGGCAUACGUAGGGAGUGCCGUAGGGCUCGUGCGUGCGAUUGACUCGGCAGGAGAGAUUAUUGAGAGGUCGAGAGCAGAAGCGAGACGGGCUCUGCGGCAAGCUUUGGACGGGCUGGAAUGA